UCGCUUGUCGUGUGCUUGUUGGAUUAGCGACUGCUCUCGGACGGAUUCAAGGGUGUCCUGUCGCUGGCCUUUAUUUAAGAUUCCUUUGUUGUGUAUAUUAAAAAACUACUCUUUCUAUUUCAAGAGUUAAUGAUUUUACUUUUAAUGGAUAGGGUAUAUUAUACAUAGUAGGUAUCAAAAAUAAAACUGAAACAGUUUAUUCUAGCAAAAUCGUCAUCGUCGAUAUAUAUUGAAAUUGAAAUAUUUUACACAUCGGUGAUAUAAUGAUCUAGAAAAUAGUGUAUGUUACUAAGAAUGAACUUUAAAUAGUACUAGUGUCUGAGAUAUGUGUAAAAAAUGGUUUUACGCCGUUCCUUUUCCUCGGAGGGCCGCCAUUUUGUUAUGCUACAAGUAAGGCGUGGCACAUGAUUGUGUAAUACGUCAUCCGCAUCUUUGUUGAAAUUUAACACGCAAUAUCAAAAGCAUGCCCCGUAUAGAUCCAAUCCAGUUACUAAAUUGCCUCAGCGUGCUUAUGUCACCAAAUGGGGGCAUCAAAAGCAGGGAUGAAGUACACAGAUUAGCUGGCUUAAUGACUAAGUAUUCCAAAAAACUAGUAUCUAAGUGUAUAUACAUACAAAUCCUGAAAUGUACAGAAACUGACCUUCUUGGAUUAUUUAUGGGAUCAGGAGGAUGGCGGUUGGUACAUAUGUGGCUGACAGAGAGCAUUGUUGCUCAGAACUGGCCACUUGUGCGAGAAUUAUUAGAGUUGUUACUAUUAUGUCCUGUUGAUAUAGAAAGGCUUAAAACUAAUAAUUGCCCAAAACUUGUCAAGGAAUUAUCAAAAGAUGGAAAUCACUUUGCAAUCAGAGCUCUGGCUUCAAAACUGGUUGAACAAUGGCUGAAAACAGUAAAGGGAGAGCAAGUGAUAACCGUUCAAGUGUCAGAUAUAACACAAAUAAUAUCUGAGGCACAAGUAGAAUUAAAAACAGAGGUUAUCAGUAUUGAUACUUCCGAUAAUGAGGUGGAAAAGAAAUCUGUGGAUUUAGAUAACUCUGUCAUUGUUGAAAAUGGUAUCAAAGAUGAAAAACCUGAAAAUGUCUCCAUUUAUCCAGCAAAUAUUAAUAUUGAACCUAAUGAAAAAGAGGAACUCAAUAGCGAAGCAGACAUUUUACCUGUAUUGAAAAUUACCUUAAAAAAUGGAAAACAGGUGGUAUCACAAGUUGAAGAUGAUAAUAAAGUGCAUUUGGAUACACCUGAAAAAGAUAAAAACAAAGAAAAACAUAGAAGUAAAAGUAAAGAUAGGUUGCAUGAUAAAAACAGGAGCAGUAGCUCAUCAAAAUCAUCGUCCAGUUCUUCCAAGCAUUCAAGUAAAUCAAGUGAUAAACAUAGAAGUAGUAAUAAAGAUAGUUCUAACUCUAGUAAACAUAAUAGUAGUAAGGAUAAAUCAAGAGAUAAGGAUCGCCAUUCAUCUCAUAGCUCAAAAUCUAAGAGCAGUAGCAGUAAAAAGAGUUCAAGCAGCAGCAGUAGUAGUAAGUCUAGGGAUGACAAAAGCGAUAAAUUGGUAACUGAUAAAGAUAAGGUUAGAGAAAAAGAUACAAUUAAAGAAAGAAAGUUAUCUGUGGAGAAAAUUGAGGAAAAAAUCUCUAGUCCUUCCAUACAGAAAUUAGGUAAAAUACCAAAACUGAGUGAUGUCAAAAAGGAAAAGCCUUCAAUAUCUAUUGAAGUUCGGAAACCGGAUGAACCAAAACCUAAAACAGUUAAAACUUUUCAUUCUAAAUUUAGGAAUCAUGGUCUGGCAGAGGAAAUUAAGCCACCACCUUCUAGGGCGGCUUUACUGAGCAAGAAACCACCUCCACCAAUUUUGCCACCAACAGUCUCUAUACCCAAGAGGCCAUCACCUGUUCACAAUGAAAGCCCACCAGAGAAAAAGCUAAAAACAUUUGAAAUAACUGAAAAACCAGGAUCUAUAAAAUUAAUUCCACCUAAACCAAAACCUAUGGUCCUACAGGAAAGCGAUAUGUUUAUGGAUGCAUUAAAUGCAUCUGCAACAAAUAAAAAGGAGCCCAAAAAAAGAAAACGGCGUACAAGUGGAUCCAAAGAUGCAUCUAACGAAGCUUCACCUCCGCAUACCCCAACAAGUCCAAACAGUGAAAGUAAGUCAGUCCCUCCAAGAUUUUAUCAAGACACACUUGAUGAAGAAGAUAGUAAAGACAUGAGUCCUGAUAAUAAAGAUAAAAAACCUACAGACAUUUAUGUUACUAAAGAAGUUUCUAAAGAAACUACUGACAAAGACACUCCAGAGGAUAAAAAGGUCGAUGAAAGUAUGGACACGGAGCCGCAUACAUUAACAGUAAACGGAUUAAAAGGUGUACUUUGUUAUCACAAACGGAAAGGACCCAAAAAAAGCAUUAGAUGGAAGCCAGAUACAGAACUGGAAGAAAUUCAAUACUUUGAACUUGAUGAAACGGAAAGGGUUAACGUAACAAAGACGUUUACUGAUAUGAAGCAUCUAGAAAGAAUACACGAAAGGGAGGCUUUUGAAAAAGCUAGGAAUCUUAGUACCGAUGAUGUAAUGGAGGAAAGGACUAUUUGGAGGCCUUUAAUACCAAUCGAUGUUGAAGGCCAAGUUCACAUAGAAUAUGGUAAAAAUAGCAAAGAAAAAGAUAUACAAGCAAUUCGACAAAAGGGUACCCUUCAACCGCUUUAUUUCCAUAAAGCCAUGAUACCAGAUUCACCUCAUGAACCGGACCCUGAAACUCAUACGUAUUCCGAGCCCAUAGUUAUACCCCUAGAGGAUGCCACUGGAAAUCAAGACAAUAUUAGUGAUUUUAGAAAUAUGCCAUGGCCUGAACCCAAAGGUAAUGCACCCCCGGCAAAUAGCAGCAGUAUAAACGUGCCAACGAUGUUCCCCACGGCCAUGACACAAUUUCCUACCAGUUUCCCUCCAGCACAAUUCCCUGGUGUACCAGGGUUCCCCCCAGGGCAACCGAUGAUGCCUGGAGAUUGGCCGAAUGGAGUUCCUACUUUAAUCCCUAAUGGUAUGCCAGGUCCAAUGCCAGCACCAGGUAUGGUUCCUGGUCCUAUGCCACCAGGCCCUAUGCCUCCAGUUAAUAUGCCCCCAGGAAUGAUGGUUCCGCCUGAAAAUAUGAUGAUGGGUCCCGAAAUGUUCGUAGGACCGAAUAUGUUCCCUGUUCCACCAGAAGGAUUUAACAUGCCCCAGAAUAUGUUUCCUCCUGUUGACUUUAAUAUGACUGGUCCUCCCGGUCCAGAAGGAUUUGCCGGCCCUGGAAACUUUAGAGGUAAUAUGCGAGGUCGUGGAACUGGUGGUCAUUGGAGAGGCAAACAAUCUGGCACUUGGGAGGGGCCGCAAAGAGGCCGAGGGGGGCGCGGCGGAGGCGGUCGUAAAACCGUUUGUAUAUAUUUUCAAAGGAAAGGUUCAUGUCGACAAGGUGACAAUUGUACAUUUUUACAUCCUGGUGUUAAUUGCCCCUAUUAAAGUUUAAGAAUAGUUUUAAAUGUAAAAAUGAAGACUUAUUUAUAAAUUACUGGGCAUACUAUGAAAGAUAAAAGAAAUACAUAUAAUUUAACUGCCUGGUCCGAAAAGACUGCUUAAUGUAUAUAGUUAAUAUUUUGUAAAUACUGUAAAGGUUAUAAAUUACUCUUACAAAAGAAUGUAAAUAAACAAAAUACUUUUUA